AUGUCAGUCUUGAAGAAAUCUGAUCCCAAAAAGGCCACAAUUCUUUCCAUUGGCAAGGCUUUUCCUCAUCAGCUUGUCCUGCAGGAUUUUUUGGUCGAUGGUUAUUUCAAAAACACGAACUGUGACGACCCUGACCUGAAACAGAAGCUCACUCGACUAUGCAAGACAACCACCGUAAAAACCAGAUAUGUAGUCAUGUCCGAAGAAAUCCUAAAAAAGUACCCAGAGCUAGCACUCGAAGGUCUCCCCACAGUGAAACAAAGGCUAGAAAUUUGCAACACAGCAGUCACACAAAUGGCAAUCGAGGCAUCACAAUCAUGCAUCAAGAAAUGGGCCAGGCCCAUCUCGGACAUAACCCACUUAGUCUACGUCUCCUCCAGCGAAGUCCGUUUGCCCGGCGGCGAUCUUUACCUUGCAAACGGCUUGGGACUCCGGCCCGACACCCAGAGGACUAUGCUCUACUUUUCAGGCUGCUCGGGCGGAGUUGCGGGUCUUCGGGUCGCGAAAGACAUUGCUGAGAAUAAUCCGGGGAGUAGAGUUUUGCUUGUAACCUCAGAGACUACUGUAAUUGGAUACAGGCCACCAAGUGCUGACAGACCAUAUGAUUUAGUGGGCGUGGCCUUGUUUGGAGAUGGGGCCGGGGCGUUGAUUAUUGGGUCGAAUCCUGAUUUCGAGACUGAAACUCCUCUUUUCGAACUGCAUACUGCUAAACAGCAUUUCUUGCCCGGUACUGAAAAGAUCAUUGAUGGUAAACUAACAGAAGAGGGCAUAAGUUUCAGGCUGGACAGGGAGUUGCCACAGAUAAUCGAAGACAAUAUCCAAGAUUUCUGUCUUGGGCUUAUGGGCUUUGGUGGGUUUUCCGAAAAGGACUACAACAAGCUGUUUUGGGCCGUUCAUCCAGGUGGGCCUGCUAUUUUGAACAGGCUUGAGAAGAAGCUGGAAUUGCUGCCACAAAAGCUGAGUUCUAGCAGAAGGGCCUUGGCUGAUUAUGGGAAUGCAAGUAGCAACACAAUUAUGUAUGUUUUGGAGUAUAUGUUAGAAGAGAUGAGGAGAGAGAAAAGGGAUGAUGACUGGGGAUUAAUACUGGCUUUUGGGCCUGGGAUCACUUUUGAAGGGAUACUCACAAGGAACCUCACUGUGUGA